CAUGCACACACAUGCACACACACACGUGCGCACACACUAGAGGUAUAAUGGCAUACAAAAAUCACGGUUUGGCAUGUACCUCGGGUUUGGAAUCACGGUCCGGUAUGUACCUCGGGUUUGGAAUCACGGUCCGGUAUGUACCUCGGGUUUGGAAUCACGGUCCGGUGUGUACCUCGGGUUUGGAAUCACGGUCCGGUGUGUACCUCGGGUUUGGAAUCACGGUCCGGUGUGUACCUCGGGUUUGGAAUCACGGUCCGGUAUGUACCUCGGGUUUGGAAUCACGGUCCGGUAUGUACCUCGGGUUUGGAAUCACGGUCCGGUGUGUACCUCGGGUUUGGAAUCACGGUCCGGUGUGUACCUCGGGUUUGGAAUCACGGUCCGGUGUGUACCUCGGGUUUGGAAUCACGGUCCGGUAUGUACCUCGGGUUUGGAAUCACGGUCCGGUGUGUACCUCGGGUUUGGAAUCACGGUCCGGUGUGUACCUCGGGUUUGGAAUCACGGUCCGGUGUGUACCUCGGGUUUGGAAUCACGGUCCGGUGUGUACCUCGGGUUUGGAAUCACGGUCCGGUGUGUACCUCGGGUUUGGAAUCACGGUCCGGUGUGUACCUCGGGUUUGGAAUCACGGUCCGGUAUGUACCUCGGGUUUGGAAUCACGGUCUGUCAUGUACCUCGGGUUUGGAAUCACGGUCCGGUAUGUGCGUCUGGUUUGGAAUCACGGUUUGCUAUAUGCGUCUGGUUUGGAAUCACGGCUCGGAACUGCACCUGCCCUGUACUGUAUUCGCAUCAGCAGCUUUCAUCCUCAUAUUCGAACUGUGCCGCACAAAUACUGUCUCCAGAAAUACAGAGUGUAACAAAAUAAAUGUCCAUGAUGGUGCAGCGUUUGACCCGAAAUCUCUGCACUGUACUAGUAAUAGUGGAGGGCUUUCAUGUGCUAGUUUAUUUGUAUUUACCAUAAUUAUACACGCAUGCUUCCUGCUGCGGCUUCAUGCACCCCUUUUCCAACAUUCAUCCAGAGAAACACAUGCAAAAGGUUCUGCAUUUACUGCAUUCGUUUAAUACAUGCGCAUAUUGAACCGAAAGACCCAAACCGAUAACGUUUGCUACGAAUACGUGUACUAUUACACUCAUAGCACACACAUGCAUACAUGCACAGCAGACACACAUGCAAACAGACUCCUGCAGCUACAUUUCAUGGUCACGAUCGUAGCCAGAUGAAGUGCAGCUUUCCUUGCAGACUGUGUAAUGACAGUCUAUUCCAGGUAAAGAAAACAAACAUUUUCUUCAUUUCAUCCACACUACUUUAAAUUUUCUAAUUUCUGUGGUAAUGAUGUCUGAGGUCUUUUCUCUGAUCCUGUGCAGG